CGAGGCCCAGGUUUCCCAUGUCUGGCCAGAGUCUUAUGACAGCAAGGCAGCAAGCAGCGAGCGAGCGAUCAAUAUUGAUUCACGUUGUCAUUGAUAGAUAGUUGGCAGAGUCCCACCAGAUUUCUGCCGCCCAACAGUCCAGCUUUCUGUCCAUCCAUCUCCCUCCUGCCUGCCUGCAUUCCCACUCUUCACUCCGACCGUUCCUCAAGUUGGGCCAUCCAAACGUCGUCCGGCCGCCAUCCAUCUCCGUCACACUUCAUCCCACACUAAUUUCUCGAUUUGUCACUGUUCCAACGUCUCUAUCCUCACACCCUGCGGAUACGGCUCCGCCGCGCCUUCCGGUUCGCUGUCUCUAAGAUCUCAAAGGAUUCCUCGCGGGCGCUUCUCUGAGCGGUCACUACCAAUCGAUAUAAAUUGCACGACACCCUCGAGCACUACGUCGUGCCCUGCGCAACGGAGAUGUCGGUCUCUGAGAGCGCGAGCAGCACCUGGGGCCGCAACAGCAAGAGACGCGGAGAUGCCAAUCUUGGCGAGCAGCUGGAAUCGGCUGGGCAAGGGUUUGCAUCGCUUCUUCGUGCAGCUUCGCGCAAGUCGAGCGAGAGUUUGAGGAGCGUCAAGAGUGCUGCUAGUAGACGAAAGGGCUCGCAAAGCGAAGGGACAAGUUCAAGGCCAAGCAGUCGCACAACUGCCUACUCAGAUGCGCCCCCUGUGCCCCGCAUGACACACUACGAGAAGCCAAUGCCUUCCACGCCUAAUGCUCGCCCCCGUGGCCAAAGCACGUCUUCUUACCGUUCGGGACGAAGUGAGAACGCGACUCCGACCCAAGAAAACGACAGGAACGAAUAUGACGCGCCACGCAGAUCAGAAAAUCGAAGACGCGAAAACGGCAGCAUGGAUCGGAAUCGCGAUAGCGCCAGGACGCCAACCAAUGGACAUGUGGACGAGGAUGAAGUACCACCCAUGGCUAGCGAGCGUUUCUACGGCGUCGGUUCCGCCGGCAAUUCCAUGACUUCGCUCAGCAAAUCACUCAGGCGAGGCGUGCCAUCGAGCAAAAAGGGUGGCAACUCGAGCCAAGCGAGCCUUGGCCAGAUGUCAACUGGACUUCGUCCUGUAAACGAAGGCAGGUCCACGGACGAUGAUUACCAGUUUUCGACCAGCAAAGGUGAUGGCAACACAAUCGCUCAGCUGUAUGCCGUAUUUGGGCUGCCAAAAGACCCGUCCGUGUGGACCCUUGCAGAAGAGGAUUGCGUCGCGGGCGUCCAGCACAUAGACGGAGCCGUUGGUCGCUUCUGGCGUCCUGAAGUCCUAGGCUGCUCUAUCUGUCCAGCACCUUCCGAAGUGCUCGCUCGUGCUUCCAUGAGCACGGAUCGAGCCGACAAGAAAGACAAGGACAGUUCCAACAAAUUUGAAGGCCGCAAUGCUGAUGGUCGCAAGCCGCAAAAUCCCAAGUUCAUCGAGAUGGCCGACGGGCGCGGAGGUGUAGAGCGCGCAGAGACCGCGCGGGUGUUGAGCAAAGCUCUGAAGCUAUCCUUCACUCGAGAAAUCGAAGUUAUCUCUGGUCAGGCCAACUUCCCUCCAUCUGCGACCUCGCACAGCUUUUCGUUCUCAGUGCCGACGAUCACGUCCUCUGGAGAAGUCCUGGAAGUGCAAGGAAGCGGCGCAGAUGGGCGCAAAGCAGCAGGGUCGGUAGGCGUUUCUGUUGGAAAGGCUAGCGCAGCAAGCGCAGUUGGUGAAGGUUAUGGUCUCGAGCGAGGUUCGGGCGCUUCAAAUGCUGCCGGUGGCUUUGGUGACAGCCCCGCCCCCGCGACCUUCUACGGUGUCGUUCUGACUGUGUGGAGUGCCGCUGACGAGCGACGCACACGAACGAUCAAGCGCGAGCUGACUCGUGCAGCACGACAGCGCAAUGGUGCCUCCAAGAACACCAAGCGUGGCAACGGCUGGACCGGUCAGGAGGGCGAUGGCCCUCUUGGCGAGGAAGGCGCCGCGGAUGAGGAAGGUCAAGGAGACGGGUACUCCUUCCUUCCUGCGCACAACACCUUCUUCAUGCCUUACGCGAUCUGCAUCGUUUCUCGAUACCCCAUCUACGAUCUGCUCGGUGAUUGGAACAAGAUGGCUUGGCACAAGUACAGUCGAAACAUCGAGAUGCACAAUCAGCAAAUGGCGACCAUCCUGCGCCACCCGGCGCCCCGCCUCGGCGAGCAAAUACGUAUCGACAGUCCUACCAAGGAGUUGACGUUCAUCUGCACGUUCCCGGGAGCACUCGAGUGGGGCACUGGCUUGAUCGGCAUCGACUUCACUUUCUGGCCCGUCUUCAAAACUUUGAGCCUAGACAACAUCCUCUCGAUCUGCGAAAUCGCGCUUUCCCCAAAUGGUCGCAUCCUCUUCCACUCUCGGCAUCCCGCACUUCUCGGCUUGAGCGUGGAGGCUAUCAAGCACCUCGUUGAGUUGCGGGGCUGGCGCGGCGUUGCACAUCAGAAUUGUCACGCUCGAGACGUCCGCAUCUACCUAGAGGAUCCCGGUUCUUGGAUCAUCGCCAUCAACAGCGAGCUACGCAGUCUAUUCACACCUGCUUCAGAAGUCUGUGUCGUCGAUCUCGACAUGAACUAUGUGAAAUGUAGCCGACCUCCGAAAGAUGCGCCUAGCCAAGGCAAGGUGCGGGAGAAGCGCCGCCGUAAGCUCGCUACAGGCAUCAACAUCAAUCUUGGCGACUACUCGCCACCAAGACAAUACAUCGAAGCCUACCCAGGCGGGCGAUUUAGACCGCUCAGCAAAAUCACUUUGCGCGAGCGCAAUUCUGCCUACGAGCAGCUCGAGCAACCUUCGUGGUUCCGACAAGGCGCUGUCAUCACUGCCUUCGACCUGGCGCUGCAAGAUUUGUCAAAGAGCACGUUUCUGCAAAAGGUCCUCAAGAAUAGGGCCGCCAAGGCGGGAGCUACAUCAGAGGCCGAGUUGGCUGCCAUCCUCGCUCUCCGGCGCAGGGCAAGCACCUUUGUUGAUGCGCGUGACGGUCUAGAAAACAAGAUCGGCAGGUUGAACAAGCGUCUGGCCUUCCUCAUGAGCGAAUCCGACAUGUGGAAACAGCAAUUCUCCAAGAUCCAGCAGCUCGUAGAUCGCCUCACCCGUGAAGCAAACGAUCUGCGGAGCAAGGUGGAUAAGGAACGUCGUGAGAGUCGACGACUCAGCUCAACGCUGGCCCAGAGAGAUCUCGAGCAGGUGCAGAUCAAGCUCAAGUUGAAAGAAACGGAAGACGCUCGCGAGGCUGCUCAAGUGGAGCUGCUCAAGAUGCAAGGCGCCAUGGACUCUCUGGAGUCUGAAAGAGAGGCGAUGAUGAACGAGAUUCGAGCCGUCAUCCAGGGAGCAGGUGGUGAAGAAGGCGACUUUGACUUCACUCGCUUUGACAAUUAUGGUCAGGGCCCCAACAAACUUCUGCGCCCCGACAGUCCUACGGGCUCUCAAGUCAGUCAGACGGCAUCCCAGCAGGCCGAAAGUAUCAUGCGCCAUCGCACAGCGGCAGAAGCACGCAUCUCGGAAGGUCGACCGUCCAGGUCGCGGAACGGCCACGACACCAACAGACGGAGAAGUCUGUCGCAAGACGGAGGCGAGCGCUUAAGACGUCACUCACCCGCCUCGUCGCAGACUCAUCACUUCCCAGACGACCAAAUGAACCGCGAGAUCCAAACGCGGACCAGCGUGGUGACUGAUCAAAUUUCGCGCAUUCAGCAGCAGCUGGAGUCCACUCUCACACAUCUCGAAGGUCGUCGCUCUGGCACUUACGAACGCGAGCGCGACCGUGGCGAGAGGCGCCGCGACCGCAGGACGUCGAAUGCUUCCAUUUCUAGCAUGCGCUACGAAUAUGGCCUGCCCUCUUCCAGCGGUCAUGGAGCGCGUGAUGGAAAUGAGAGCGACGCCACCCAUGGUGGCCGUGCCGCUUCCUCCAUUGGUGUAGGCGGCGGCGGCGGCAUGAUCACAGACGACGAUACCAACGUCAGCGAUGCCGACUACUCUGCCAUGGAUCUGGCUGCUCGCAAGCGUGAAAAGCGCGCGGCUCGUGCAGAGCGCAGGGAGCGUCGAGCUCAGGCCGCUGCCGCGCCUUCUGCUUACAAGCACUCGCCAAGUCUCACGAAUUUGCGCCAGUCGAUUAGCGGAUCCACUGAAGGAUCGAAUGGCAAUUCGACGAAGUCCCCUCAGGCAGGUCAACGUGCGCCGUCGAAUCCCUGGAAGGAAGCAGCGGAAGCUGCGAAGAACACCGAUCCUGCAGCACAUGGAAACGCUUCGGGCAGCCCUACAAGCCCUGCGAUCUCCACAACCCUACACACAGCCCCUGGUAGUCCCUCGUCGCCCAACGGCAUCAAUGGGGAGAUCGUCCAGGGCGACAAUGCCCGGGAUGAAUUGGCUAGUCCCAAAGUGCCGCAAAAGAGUGCAGCCCGCGCGCGGGCGUAAGCCGGCUUUCCAAUCGAUCAGCUUAGCAACACUGUUGCCAAAAUGUUGUUGGCUUCCUCAUCAACGCCUUUCGCUUUCUUGCGCUUUCUCCUUUACUGAACUACUUACUGUCCAUCAUCCAAGAUUGCUAUGAGAUGUGUUCUUUGGCACGCAAGCCCGUGAAUGAGAUAUAUAUCAUCCG